CCUUCUUGUGUCCCUCAGCCGCGCAGUCCAGAAUGGCGGCUCUUUUGGAAUCUGUUUUGUUGCGGAAAGUGGACGUGGAUAAGGUUGUUGACUGGCUGAAAAGCGUUCAGGAGGGUGAAAAGCUGUCGUUCAGUGAACCUCAGCUGGCCAUUCAGAAACAAGAGUUUGUCCCUUUCCUCUUAAACUUCCUGCGAGAGCAGAGCAGCGAUGCUCUUACUAAUGGUCCUGCAACACCAGCCAAGACCCCCAGCCGCCCCAGACCCCCCGCACAGACUCAAGGCUUCUCUGACAAGACAUCGUGCAGGUCUGCAGGGAGUGGACUUGGAUCUCGCGGUGCCAGUCGCGUGCAGCUGUUCUCUCCCGCUGCCUCCGCGUCACCUGGAAAUGAGUCGGACGCUGUCGGUCAGUCAGGAGUGGGUGGAGUCAGUGCCUUCUGCAGCCCCCCCUGGUCUACAGGGUGGAGUCCUGCCUCAAGACCGUCGGGCUCUGAGCGCAAGCAUGCCCAGAAAGUUUGCCUCGGUGACUACAUGGUUUCUUCCCCGGAGUUGCAGAGCAGCACCAGCUCCCAGACACACAAAGGGCGCAAGAAGAGUGCUGGCAGCACGCCGGUCGGAGGCCAAACAAGACACGGAGGCGGGCGUGGAGGCCCUCAGAGCGACGAGGCUGGUGGGAGGCGAUCAGCAAGAGGCGGAGGAGGACAUGGCAGGAUGAGCGAGCAGGUUUCACCUUCAACUCCAGCUCAUCUCAACUUCAACAACUUGGAAGACUUCCCUCCGGUCGGAUCGUGUCCCGUUUCCUCCGGGACGUCCAAGCCGUCCAGAAGAAUAAACCCGACGCCGGUCAGCGAAGACCGGCCCCACUCUAAACCAAAGACGUGUUUCACAUCCACACCUCUCCAGAAGGCUUCCAGCCCUCCACUGGGAGUGGAGCCGCUUGAGGGAUUGACAGCAGUAGGGAGUCCUAUGAGCCUGAAGGAGGAGAGAGAAUUACUCAAAAAGGAAAAGACAAAACUUGCCCAGCAGGCCGCCUCCCUCUCUCCCUUCUCUCUGGAUCCCUGUACUCCAACCAAGACAGGAACUGGGACAGAAUCCAAAGUGACCCCUGACCCCCAGACGACGUGUCCUGAACCAUCCAAAGUCACCUUCUCCUCAGACCUGGAUGUUUUGGCUGAGCUGUACUGCACCUGCAUUUCAGAAAACCUCGUGCCAAACGUUUACCUGGAGCUUUUCUUUGUGAUGCAGUUGUUAACAUCCCGGUCUCUUCACACACAUAACGAUGAAGAACAGUUGAGUUUGUGUUCUGUAAAUUCAGAUGUCCUGGAAAGAUGCUACCUGAGACAAGUACACAAUUGUGUGUACUUUGCGGUGAAAGUUUUGGAGAAUCAAUUUCAGUUGGUCGCUCAUUUGGACAAGUGCACCUUACGUCUGCUGGCAGAGAACGAACGGGUCGCCUCUUUCUCUCCAGAUCUUAAAGACCGCCUCUCUCAGGCUCAGAACAGAAGCACAGCCAAGCUCUCUCCCUCAGCGUCAACCUUCAUCCACUCAGUCCCGUUCCAGCCUGCUACUGACAAUCGCUCCAAUUUCGGAAGCGACAAGGCCUUCCACACCUUUAAGAAACAGAGAGAUGUUUUUUACGAAGCGCUUCGAGAAUGGGAGGACCUUCAUAAGGAGCCGGGCUGGAACUUUGAUGCCGCACUUGGAACCAAAAUCAGAGGAAUGAUGAGCCAACUGACUUCUGCCGGAAAUCACUCUCACUUUGCUCGUCUGUUUUUGAAACAGCUUGUUCAGAUGUGCAAAGGCCCCCGUACGAGCACCCUGUCAGUAGAUACGACCGACGCUGACCUGCUGGGCAUGCUGGGAGCCGACAGUCUGGGUCGUCUCAAGCGCCUGGAGGAGCGUCUCAUUCAGCCUCACAGAGUGGUCGGCCCCUGUCCUCCUCCGUCCUUUCCUGGUCACCAGGAGUUCUUCAGGGACUUCAUACAGACGGCCAGCUGCUGCCAGAUGAACCAGCACCUCCAGGACAGCCUGUGCCAGCAGCUCCUCCAUCUGGACGAGGUGUCCAUCCUGCGUCCGUCUGCGUCCGUUGGGGAGGGAGAGGAGGAAGAGGACGGCGAUAUGGAGCAACAGGAUGAGAAGCAGCGCUUUUCCUCUGUGCUGCUCCUCGCUCGUCUUCUGGCAAAGUUCCUGGGAUUCAUCUCCUUCCUCCCGUACCAAACAUCGGAGAAACCCUCCAGAGAAAUACAGGAAGCAUCUGUAGCCCUACGCAGCAAGAGUGUUCAGGUGCUGGAUGUUUGUGCUGUGUUGAGUAACAGCGUGAGGAGGCGGCGCACCAUUUUGACCGUGCCCUGGCUGGUGGAGUUCCUCUCCAUGUUGGACUUCAUCGGGCCUUUGCUUCUCUGCUACAGGGUGGCUCUGGGGACACUGCUUCUGCUGUACAGGCGGCUGCAGCUGAACCGACACGAAGAAAUGUGUUACCUAAACAAGUUGCUGCUGGUGUCGGUGUUGGGAUGGCUCUUCCAGAUCCCAGUGAUUCCUGAGGACAUUUUCUUCACCAGUGAGUUUACUUCGCUAGUCAAGGACGAGGGCAGCGCUACAGGUUCUGCUGGACUUGACUGCAUUCCGCUGGUCGAUCAGCAACUUCUUUAUACAUGUUGUCCAUUUCUUGGUGAGUUUCGUAAGCUCCUGGCAGCUUUCGUGUCGGGCAGCGCGGCCAAGAGCGGAGGAAUUAUCCGCAAGAUUACCCCCACUUCUGCCGAGCUCAAGGGCACGCCGACCGCCAACCGAUCGCAGCAGAAACUGCAGGUGGACCUGGAGCAGGCCUUCUUCCACAACCAGCCUCCGUCGCUGCGCCGCACAGUGGAGUUUGUGGCCGAGAGGGUCGGAUCCAACGCUGUCAAGCACAUAAAGGCUACAUUAGUGCAAGAGUUGGUUCAGAGGGGAGAGAAGAUGCUGAGAGACGGACUGCAGUCGUCAAACGCAAAUUCUUCGAAGCUCAACGACUCCAUAUGUGCUCAGCUGUGUGAUGUUGGCUUGGAGGCUCUUGCAAAAGCCACCAGAUUUUGCGAUGAUAAGAGCCCCGACGCCAUACGUAUACUCCUCCCUGUUGAAACCACGGCACCGGUCCUGAGUACGUCUGAAAACAUCACCAAACGCCUGGCUGCCGAGAAAGCCUGCAGCUGGCUUUCUGCCAACAUUACAGCACUAAUCAGGCGGGAGUGGAAGAGCAGGUAUGACCGUGUGAAAAAGGCUCUGGGCGGUCCAGUGGCUCCGGACUCUGUGGACACAGACAGCGCUGUGGUUGAGCUGGUCAGGCAGGGCCAGAUGAAUACUCCCAGGAAGAAACAAGAGAGAGCGAUGUCCUGCCCUCCGCUUUGUAAACACAACGCUUCCCUCCCCUCAGAUGUCCUCAUCGAGAUUAAGGAGAUGCUGAGCAUCGCGGCGGGACCCAGAACGGACGAGGAGCUGCCGACCGGCCCGCAGCUCACAGCACUUCUUCAAAGAGUGACAAACACAUUAGAGUGCAGAAAGUUCCUAACGGCCGUGUCGGAGCAGAUGCUUCAGAACUGUACCGUGCUGCUCGCCUGCAAACUGGUGUCUGGAGAGCUGCCGUUGCGUUCUUCGUCACGGCGUGGCGGGGUCGCUGUGGAUCCCGGCGCCGGGUCGGAGCCCUCGGUGUCAGACGUUCUGGAGCAGCUUGCUGAGCUGUGGGAGAGAGGCUGCUGCUCCUCUGCCCCGCUCCAUCAGCUCUUCACCCCGCUCACAGUGGCCGCUGUGCUGAAGGCCAGCGACACAGAGAAGAAGAACUACCUGUUCCUCGUUAGAAAGCUGGUCGACAAAGGAAUAUUGAACAAGGAAGAAGUCGAAUCGUAUUGGAGGAAGCUAACAGACCUGACCUUGCCAGCGGAGCUGAUGGAGAACUUCCAGCUGCAGUCGCAGAGCAUAAAGCUCUCGCUGCCUCUGGCCGAGAUGCAAUCGUGCUUAGACAUGCUGCAGGUCUCGCACCAGACAAUAGAGGGAGCAACCUGACAACAAUAAUACGCAGUAUAUUCCACAAACAACUUGUAUGCUUUCACCACAGUGUCUUAUGUCAAGUCCGUGCAUGUUUUCUCCAAAACCGUGAUUUUAUUUUAUUUUUUGUUUCCACUUUAGCUUUUUAACAUGUCACCUUAUGAAAUUAUAUGCGAAGAUUCAAGUAACAAACAGAAAUCCCUGAGAGUUUUAAUGUCAGUAUUGAUGAAACGCGCAAUUUUUCAUUUAAAAUUUUAGAAGGGCACCAUGAGAUAAAGCUUAAUCAGACUUUUAUGUCUUUGGGACUAAUAAUAGAUCAAGAAUAGUAAUGGUGAACAAAGAUAAUUAUUUUAUCACACAAAAGAUUUUUGCAAUUUAGAUGGUUGUUUAAAAAAAAAAAUCUGAACGAUGUCAGGUCAAGCUGAAAAGUACAAAUAUUGCAGGAUUUUAAAUGCAAAUGCAGUUUGAGACAGUAAGUAGCUUAGCACUUUCACGUAUUGCCUUUGACCACAUAACUCGUGGUUACGAGUUAAUUUCAUGAAUGCAUUUACCCGCGUUUGUGAUUGCUAUUGUUCAUGUUGAACGGCCGGCGAUGUAUUCCGAGAAUCUUUUAAACUGAAAGGUUUAAUGUUGGCACAGAAUGAAAAAAUAUUAAUAAAGAUGUAUUCCAGUGUGCAGCAGCUGUAAUUAGGCGUCUAUGCUUUCUUUUUGUUUUCAGUCAGAUCUGGAAUAAAAAAAAUAAAGUUUCAUAACUGCUGAGCUUAUACACA